CGUGCUCACGCGCAUGCGGACAGGGUGGCAGCUGGCCGAUCCGGGGAGCGUGGCAGGUUAGGAGUGUCUCAUGCUUUCUGUAGUGGAUGCUUUCGCCGGCGGCGGGUGGAUGGUAAUACAGGGCAUGGAAGUCAGUUUAGCCAUGGAGUCCAGCUGGAGAGCCUGGACUCUCACUUUGUUCUCCCUACCUGCAGGCUGCUGCCAUGAGAUUGAAUCAGAACACCUUACUGCUGGGGAAGAAAGUGGUCCUUGUACCCUACACUGCAGAGCAUGUGCCCAGGUACCAUGAGUGGAUGAAAUCAGAAGAACUACAGCAUCUGACAGCCUCAGAGCCACUGACUCUGGAGCAGGAGUAUGCGAUGCAGCGCAGCUGGCAAGAAGAUACAGACAAGUGCACUUUCAUUGUGCUGGAUGCAGAGAAAUGGCAGACCCAGCCAGGCAUCACAGAAGAGAACUGCAUGGUAGGAGACGUCAACCUCUUCCUUACAGAUCUAGAAGAUCCCACCGUUGGGGAGAUUGAGGUCAUGAUUGCAGAGCCCGGCUGCAGGGGCAGGGGCCUUGGCACUGAGGCUGUUCUCAUGAUGCUGUCUUAUGGAGUGACUAAACUAGGUCUGACCAAAUUCGAGGCUAAAAUUGGGCAAGGAAAUAAACCAAGCAUCCAGAUGUUCCAGAAACUUCACUUUGAGCAGGUGGCUGUGAACAGUGUCUUCCAGGAGGUGACCCUCAGACUGAUAAUGAAUGAGCCCUUGCAGCAGUGGCUUCUGGAGCAGACCGGCCAUGUGGAAGAGAAACUGUACAGAGAUGGGUCGGCAGAGCCCUGCUGACAGCUGGGCCUUGUGGGCAGCUGCCCUGUGUGAGUGCCCUGAAGAGGAGAGCCCUGCGCUAGAGAGUGUGACAGAAGUCCUGACCAUGCCUCAGGCUGAGAAUAGCCUGCUGGGGGCCCUUCAGACUCGGCCAGCUUGCCUUGGACCCCCUCUGUCUGGCAGUAUGGCUGAAGCAGACUCCAGGGGCCAAACUCAGACUCACAUACCUGGAAUGAAUGACAGGCAUGCAUGGGAGAGGCUGGGUGGAGUUGGCAGCUGGAAGUAAAGGGGGGGCCUGAUGACUGCCAGGGAAAUGGACAGGCCUUUCCCCUUAAUGGCCAGAGGUGCCACCCAGCUGGGAGUAAAGCAUGCAGCAUAGCCAGCUUUCCUUGUUUUCUCAUUUGGUGGGUGUGGAGAAGAGUUACCCAGAGGCCCAGUCUCACAGUUUCCAGUUCCUGUGGGUAGGGAUGAGGCAGGGGUAGCCCAGUCCUGUUGUCCUGCCACCGUGACUUUAGGAAUUUGACCCUGGAAGUCAGGCGGCUCAGAGAGGGAGUGAGUGGCCCAGAGGCCUAGUCUCUUGGCCUAGUGUUGUUGCUCUUUUCUUUCCCUCUGUGAGGCCAGUCUAGAGCAUAAAGGAGUGAGUGAGUUUUGGACACAGGUCCUUGUGGUUGGAGAACACUCUAUUGAUGAAGCCCGGGGGCUGUAGGAGGAAGUGGAGGCUACUCAGUGGUGUCUGAUGGAAGAGGCGGGCAUCAACCUGUACUGUCCCUGCCACUCUCCCACUUCUAGCCCUCACUCUCUGCCUGUGGAGCAGCUGCACCUGGCCAGGCCACGUGGGGGCAGUGGAGGCACCGGUUCAGGGUGGCCAGGCUGCCUGGCACCCACAGCUUACGGAGUAGAGCUGGGCCAGUGUCCCCUACCUCAGGUGGGAAGACACCCUUUGGUCCUAACUGUCCCCCACAUCCCAACAUAAUCUGGGUUGGCCAUCAAGAAAGGCCAAGCACGUUUUUAAAACAUAGCUGCAGAGGGUGGUUUGUGGGGCAUUUGGAGGGGAGCAGUCCCAGAUAAGGUGACUUGCCCAAGGCCUGCAAGCCCCCCCCCCCAAUCCUGGCUGUAUCUAGUCUCACACCAGACUGCAUGUGAAAAACUAAAAUCUAAAAUAUGCCUUAGUCUGCAACAAGAACUUAGUUUGCAGUGGCUCCCUUUGUACUGUGCUCCAGCCCCUGACAGGAGUUCCCUCUCAGCCACCUGUCCCUUCCAUCUAUUUUCAGCUUACUCAAGAGUCAAAGGUUUCCCCACCCAGCAGGUGGGGUAGGGAGGGGCCCUUCCACAGGCCUGUAGGGCAACUCCACCUGCGUGGGAGUCAGGGGUCAAAGGGUAGAAGCCAGGCAGGGGCAGGCCAGGCUCAGCUGAGCAGGUUACUAGAUAGGUGCUGGUUUUAAAUAGUUCCUCUUAGCUACUGGAAUCCAAACCAUAAGAAGCCAGAGAUGACCAGAUAGUGACUGGCCUGAGGGUGCCACAGUCCUCUUCCUGGCUUGCUGUCUUCCUCCCUUCCUUGUUCCCUUCAACCCAGCAACCCGGCUUCUGAGUGGUCCCCUAGUGGGUUGGGUGGAUCACCUGCCUAAGAACCCCAGGGCCUUGCAGCCUUAGGUCUUGCUGGCCACCCUGGAUGUAGCCUCAGGUGCAAGAGGUAUGCAGGACUUGGGUUUCUGCGGAGGGACAUGACAUUUUGCCCUUGGAAAGUCUCCUCACUCCAACACAGGUUUGUUUUUCCCCCAGCUCUGGACAAGCCACCCUCCAAUCAGGUCAGUGGCCAGAUAAGAUAGGGUAUCUGGUGCUAGCUCAGCCUGUUGCUGGGAAUCCUGUGCCCCACUGGCCUCAGGUGGAGAGAGUGAAGCCAAGUCCUCUCAUUCUAAAUCCAAUUCCAUCCUGGAUUCGCACUCCUAGAAUCAGCACGUGGGUCUCAGCUGCCACUUGCCACUUUCUUCAGUAAACAUCCCUAUUGGAUAAGGGGCCUCUGGCCCACAAUGGUGCUCUCAGCCCCUGAGCUGAGCACCCAGCGGGGCUGGGAGUGGGAUUUUGCUCUGCCACAGGACUGGUUCACAGCUACAGAUUCCAGGGGGCACGGACCUGGGCUUGGGGUCACAGGGAACUUUAGGCAGUCCUUCCAGCCACACUCCACCUUCCUAACCAAAGGCCACCUUUGGGAGCACUCCUUUGCCAUUUGCCACUUUCCACCUAGAAGGGGUCCAAGGCCAGAGAACAAAGCUCCAAAUGAAGACACAGAGGCCAAAGCAGUUUGGAGGAACCAGUUGAAUUUCUGCAGUUCCCUUACAAUGGUGAUGGCUGGCUGAAGGAUGGAUAGGGGUAACAAAUUCUCCCUGGGCUGCCAAGGUCUCUCAGAAUGGGAGUAAAAAGUUUACUGCUAUGUCCUGGAUGCAACAACCAGGAAAAUCAUGUUAAUCAAGGAAACAGAAAUCCCUCUAAAUGCUGCAAAACCGCACUUAAAAAAAAAAAAUCAAAUAAAUGAAAAGACACUAAGCCACAGCCCUCAGGAGAAUGGAUGCCCUGUCCACUGAAAGCUGUGGUUCUGCAGAGUUCCUUCAUCAGUCUUGGACCCAGUCACCAUGUGGGGUUGUGGGGGAAGAUGCCCCCUCAUCUGGUCACACGACCCUUGCUUGGUGCAGGUCCUGGUGAUGUCCCAGGCAGGGUGGCAAGGGCACAAUGGU